AUGUCAACCAUGACCUGGAUUGAACAUAUUCCGCUGGUGUUAUCUAUAUCGGGAUUAUGCCACUCCCUUUUGACCAAUUGGUUGAAUACAUUUUGCUCAUUCGACCUCGAGUCGGACCUGAAGGACAAGCAUUUGCAUGUCUGGCACGCCGGUCGCUAUACGGGGCCGAAACCAGACGAUGACGAGUUCAAGGAUGGAAGUUGGGUUUUCGGCGAAGAUCCGCAGUUGCUGACCUGGGAAGAUGUCACCGAGGGUCGAGAUGUAGCCGGCCUACAUAAGAGCGAAGAACUCAGCCCCUUAUGA